CUCAGUCUCUCAUCCGGACAAAUGGCGCAUCAACACUCUGCUGCUGCAGCAGACUCGACGCAGCUGACGGACUCGUCUUCGGCGCAGCUGGCCGAGCGCGCACUCGCCAACGCGACCGCCGCAGCAGCAGCCAGCUCGACUUCAUCCUCGUCGGCAUCCUCGUCCUCAUCCUCGUCCUCUGGCGACGGACACCACGGCGGCGGCGGCGGCGGCGGCUCGUCGCAUCCGCGCACCGGGCUGGUCUCGUCCAAGUCGUUCUCGACGCUGCUCACCAACUCGCGCGCAACGCACGCCUCAAUCACACCGACGGGCACUCCAGACAAGCUUGCCAUCGUCAUGGUGGGCCUGCCCGCGAGAGGCAAGUCGUACAUUGCGCGAAAACUCGCGCGCUACCUGUGCUGGCUGGGCGUCGAGGCCAAGGUCUUCAAUGUCGGCGUGUAUCGCCGCGAAACGGUGGGCGCCGAGCAGAAAGCCGACUUUUUCGAUCCCAAGAACGCCGAGGCGGAGCAGAAGCGCCGUGAAAUUUCGUUCGUCGCGCUGCAGGAUUUGCUCCAGUGGUUCAAGGAAGGCGGCCGUGUCGGGUUUUACGACGCCACCAACACGACACGCAACCGCCGCAAGCUGAUUGUCGACACGAUGACAAAGGAGAAAAUCCAGACCUUCUUCAUCGAGUCCAUCUGCGACGAUCCAGACCUCAUCCGUCAAAACAUCCAGCUCGUCAAGCUCGGAUCUCCGGAUUACCGCAACAUGCCCCCGGAGGCUGCCAUUGAGGACUUUAUCCAACGCAUCCAGCACUAUCAGGCAGCAUACGAGCCCAUGGACGACGAGCUCGACAAGCAUCUCAGCUACAUUCGCAUGAUUGAUGUCGGUGCCAAGUUUGUCGUCAACCGCACCACCGGCUAUCUGCAGAGCCGCAUUGUCUACUUUUUGAUGAACACGCACAUUGCUCCGCGUGCCAUCUACCUGACUCGGCAUGGCGAGAGCGAGUACAACGUAGAGGGCAAGAUUGGUGGCGAUGCUCCUUUGAGCAGCCGUGGCCAAGCCUACGCCCGCGAGCUCAAGAACUGGAUGGCCGAGUUUGGCCCGAAAGACUUUACUAUCUGGACCAGUACUCUCACUCGCGCGCGGCAAACGGCAGCGGUGUUUGGCCGGCCUUUUGUCGAAUGGCGAGCGCUCGACGAGCUGGAUGCCGGCGAGUGCGAUGGGAUGACUUACGAGGAGAUUCAGGAAAAAUUCCCGCAAGACUUUGCGCGACGUGAUGAAGACAAGUACUUGUAUCGCUACCCCCGUGGCGAGUCCUACCGCGAUGUCGUGUCUCGACUGGAGCCGUGCAUCAUGGAGCUCGAGCGUCAAAAGGAUGUCGUGGUCGUUGGCCACCAAGCCGUCCUCCGGUGCCUGCUGGCAUACUUCUUGGACAAGCCCUCAGAAGAGCUGCCCUAUGUGGACGUGCCCCUCCAUACGGUCAUCAAGCUGACACCGAUUGCCUACGGCUGCAAGGUUGAAAUGUUCAAGGUCAACGUUCCUGCCGUCAACACCUAUCGUCCGAAGCCUGCUGACGGUCCUACUGCUGCUGGUCAUUAAGCUUUGGGGCUGUAGUUGCAACAGUCUGCUGAUGUGCUGGAAUCAAAAUCUACAGGGAAUUCUUUCUUUGCAUUUCUUUGUGAAAUACACAAACUUAGU